CCCCUGCAUUAUUAUUAUUAUUAUUUUUACAGCAGACCCUCUCGUUAUCAUACGGCAAUGUUAUUUUAAAAAUACAUGUUGAUUUAGGAAUUUCGUUUUUUAGGUAAAAUACUCCAAAAACCCUACAAAGUAUUCCAAAUCCAAAAAUCUUCUGUUACAAAAUUUUAUGAAUCAUUAUCAUGAUCAGUAGUAUCUGUAUUAGUAUUAUUAGUAGUAGUGUCUUUGUUGUUACUGCAAGUAAUUCAAGUAGCGUAGUUGAAAAUGUAUCAAUAAUGGAUGAUCAUUUCUUCUUCACAUUUGCUUUUUUGAUUUUAAAGAAAGAGUGGCAGUUUUGGCUGGAUGGGGGUGGGAUGGGGGUUACAUGUCUCUCACUCUGCUUCCAUAACACACCUCCUGCUCUUGUACCCCCCACCCCCCACACCCAACUCUCUCACACACACCCAUACUCACACAUUUACAGACGUCCACACUCAGAUCUCUCCCACCCAAUCCCGCCUCUUGCAUGUGCCCUCCUCCAUUAAGCCCCUCCUGUAUCUGCUGCUCUCCUGUCCUCUAUUUUCCUCCUGAUGACAAAAUGAAUUUGCAUAUUUUUCCCAGGCAGCGCUCAUUAGAAUGCAUAAACCAGCCGCUUCCCUAGCUCCAUAGCCGGCUAUAGCUUUCUGUCGUGGCAUCUCCUGAUGCAAAAUGAGACUCAGACAGGCAGCAUCACAGGCAGACAUGUGGCCUUAGUCUGGGUUGUGAUUGGCAUUUGGAAUCAGUUCGCCCUCUCCUGCCUUAAUUCAUGGAUAAGAAUAAACUAUGUGUCAGCCAUUUUCUUUGUUUCGGUAAAAAAAAAAACUGCUGAAGAGAAACAAUUAUCCUACCUAUUUCAUCAGUCAAUGCUUGUUGAAAUAAUUAAUUAUUUCUGAAUUACUUAUGAUAAAAUUGACUUCACUGGGCCUUAAACUGUUGGCUAAACUAUAGUUUGAAAAAUCUAAAUAAAUAUGGCCAUUUUUUUUAUUUACAUCUAAUUGAGCACAUCCACAUACAAGACAAGGUCUGUAAAUCAGAUUGCAUCAUCGCCAGUUUAUGCUUCAAAUAUUAAGAUCAUGGUGGAGAGAUUUUAAUUUUGCCUUUGUAAUGCAUGCCCGCUGCUCCUAUUUUUACAAUUUCAUGUUUUGCCUAUGAUGGAACAAGAGUUCAGGUCACUAACCCAGUGCUAACUACUCAUAAUUUUAUCGUUGACUUACUUCAAUAAUGGAUAAGGUUUCAUCCCGACAUCACCUAUGUUUUUAACAGGGUAAGGUGCACCUGUACCUAUUCCCAGUAACGGACUAAGACUUAUCAUUACGACACAAUUUAAAAGUGAUGCACAUCGUGAAUUGAUACAAAAGUCAAUCAAACGCUUUGCAGGUUUGUGAAAUGGACACAAGAAAGGUCAUACCCAGCAGUGAUAGGUGAGAUCUGUUGCUGACCAAGCAAACAGAUGCAUUAAUACAUAAGAAAUAACUUCUUUUUGGCAUUUCCAUAUAGUUACUUCUCUAUAUGAAAUUAUUUAAUGAGACUAAAUGAUGACAAUUAUACAGUAGCCUAUAUUAGUUAGUUAAUGAAUGAUUAUACUCACAAGUUCAUUGAAACAAGAACAAACUGCAUUAAAAGCCUUGACUUGUUUGGAUAUGGCUGUUAACAUUGGGUCACAAUAAAAUGAGUGGCCUUCUCAAGUGUCAAGUAUCUAUUCAGAAUGAAAGGAUGUGGUUAAAAAAAAUCUUUUUCAGUAUACUUAACAGUGUAUCUGGGGAUGGGAUGGGGAUGGGGAUGGGGAUGGGGGCUGCGAAGAUACCACAGGCUUGAACAGAUAUAAAUACACAUAGGGGAAGUGCAAUUAGCAAGGUAGAUUCAUAUUUUAUAAUAGACUCACUAAAAAGAGAGAUCUCCUGUGGGCUUAAGUUUUUGCCAAAUUUCUCAGAUUUGUCAAAAAAACUGCUACUAACUAUGACCAGAGUUGAGCAUAUGCUCUCUGAGACUGUGUGGUAAUUGCAGAUAAGACCCUGGUGUGCUUAAAGGAGAAUAUGAAGUCAAUGAAAAAAAAUACACAGAAGGGUCGUACUGAGCAAGAAACAUUUGAAAAAAGAAGAUAACAGGGUGUGUAAUGCCAAUUUUUUGCACUGAUCAUAACAUGGUGUCUCUUUGUCGAUCACCAUCUCUGCAAGGGAUAGAGGCUCAUAAGUAAACAUAGGUAUAUGACAGUUUGAAAUGAGUGCCCUCUAAAAUUAAAAGUUGUGUAUUGUUGGUGGAAAUACUGAAAAAACAUUGUGCGAUACAGUCAGUGGAGUGUCAAAUCUCUAAUGGAGUCCCAAAUAGGAAAAGCUCAGUUAUUGUAUGGUAAUUAUAGUACAGACUGUAAACUGAAUUGGAAGUAUGUUUUGACUAUAACUCCUCACCAAAUUCUUUAAAAUACCAUAUCAAGUGCAUAACAAUCCCGUAUGGAAUGUGCGUCUGUGUCCUCAAUCACUUACAUGUGAUUUUGCAAUGUUCUCCCAGUGUAUAUUCAAAGUCAUAAUUUGCAAAUAACCUCACGUGUAUUAAGGAGAAUGGACAAUGGAGCAUGUUGAUGAAGAGGAGGACAGGCCAUCCAACACGGUCGCACAGCAGUUUACAGCCGCCCGGUUCACCGACUACAGGCGCUCCACGUUGUCUCAUUCAUUUAACUUGCCUACUGUACACUGUGCUCAACGUAGUGAAUUCAAUACUAUGGCAAACACACUACACUACUACCAGCUCCAGCAUGCUCGGGCAGAAAUAUUUUUGUAUCCACGCGCCUCGGAAAACUUCAGUGACGUUUCACAAAAGACAGCCAAUAGGACUUCGUCUUCUAUUAGGACAAUGAAAAGCCUCCAUCCAAUGAAAGGAGCGCCAGACCGGACGCUGGCCAAUGGCGUUUGAGCCCCGCCGAGAGUAAUGUUAGAGAGCUGAAGACUGAAGACACUGCGUAUCGCCUCUGUUCCCUCACACACAGCCAUUGCAGAGCAUUGAGAUCCAGCGAUAGUCCCUUGGUAAGUAUCACACACGCAAAUAUGAAGUGUUCCUCAUGAUGAAAAUGACGAUAACAUUUAAUGAUAUCGAUGUAAUUUGUUCGCUGCGAUUGAGUGUAACAUCUUCGAAUGCUAGAAAAUGAUUUUGUAGUGAAGAACUAUUAGAGAAAAACAACAAAAAUAGCCGGCUCUAAGCAGGUAACGUUACAGUGCCCUGCCUGUGAGUGAGUGUGGACCAGACGCUCCAUAAAAAAGGAAGAAAUAAAUAUCAAUCUUGAAGAAAUUCGACGAAAACGGUCGAUUUUGUCAAAUACGAAUAAUUCUGAAUAUUACUGCCGUGUCAUUUUUACAAAAUGGAGUCAAAUCAAACGGCAGUUAUCGCGUAAAAAUUCAGGAAUGUCUAGCGGACAACACGGUUAGCGACAAUGAAGACUUACCGUUAGCUAGCCAUUGGCAUUGCAGUGCAAUGCGAAGCUGAAUGCCUGUCAUGUGAAGAUAGCGGGUUUCUUCACAGGCAUUAAAAUUUAUGAAAACAUAAGAAAAAGAAAGACCGUCUGAAAACAUACAUGUACGUAUGUUUGUUUGCGAUAAUCCCCCCGACAAGACGGUGAAAAAAUUACCUCACGAUCUGCGCUUUACUGUAAUGGCUGACUGUAUUCGCAUAGGAGGCAAGGCAUCGAGGCAAAUGGGAAGCCGGGAAUGGGAAGAGGCGCAGUUGAGCUCAACUUUUUCUAACGGUGUUUUCUCAAAAAACAAGCCCGUAACUAUGAAAUGUAACGACGGCAAAAGAAAAUUCAACCUUUCGUCUUUCGAACGACGUAAUUGCGAAAAAUUUCCGAUGUUAUUAAGACGCUUUAAUCGGGGCUUGAAAUGAGGUAGUCGCCGCGGUCGCUCUGCCCUCUAUUGCAUGCAGUGCAAUGGCUGUGCGCUGACACAAAGAGAAGGAGCCAUAUUCUCCAUGUUAGUGGAUGAAGACGAGCGGCCAUUAGGAGCUCAUAGAAACCAAGUCAGUAGCACAGCCCGCUCAUAGACACAGUGCAGACCCAAUGUAUUACUAUACAAACCGGCUAGUGCAAUAGGAUUCAAUCGGGGAAAUAUUUUGUCAAGAUCGCCGGCUUUCUGGACAUAUUUGUCGUGAUGCAAAGCGAACUGUGGGGCGGGUGGAGACAUUUGAGGGGGACUUUCUUUCAUGAAGAAGGCAUUCUCACAAAAUGGAAGAAGAAAUAUUGCCGUCGUUGUUGACCUCCUUUUCCUCAACGAAAGCCUAUGCGCCAUUACUACUUCGGUCGACGCAGCUUUAGCAAGAGUUAUAGCGGCGUUUAAUAGGAAAACACGGCGGAGAACAUCUUUUCUAACGGUUUUUAACAUUUUUGACGAGGAUGAGGAUUUUUUUACACAUUAAGAGAAAACACAGACUUAAUGUGUAGAGUGUUAAAUCACAUCAGUUCGCAGUUUUGAGUGUUUUAUUAUCAAUAAAUACGACUUUAUGUGUAAUUUGUGUCUUUUUUGUGUCAAAGUUGUUGGAUUAAAACAUGAACAUGAAUGAACCUGGGGGGUCCCUCGAGGUCUGUUUUUAUUGUAAAUGGGGUCGGGGGGGGAUAUUUUUUGUGUUGUUUGUGUCUUUUAAAACACACGGUUCAUACUGUAUUAAAACUGUUGCGGUCCCACGGAGGACCGAGCCUUUUGCACUCGGGGAACUUGUGCAGCAACUACACGGAAAACUAAUACCCGAUACGACCUUAAUUUUAGUGUUAUAUCAGUGACGAUUGGGUUUGGUCUACUUAAAAAAUACGACAAUGGGAGUUGGCCACAGACGUCUUAGUUUAGUUUAAAUGCAAAUUAUGGAUAAUAUCCAUGAAGAUGGUCGUUUUCACAGUCUUAGCCUCCACUGUGUUGGUUCUUUUAUUUUAGCAUGUUGUUUUUUUUAAGGGUGCUAACUUUGUGCAGUUUGACAGCUGAGAGGGCGGGUCACCCGAGUAGUGCCAUCAGUAGAAAUGUUUUUUUUUUCAGUACAUCACAGGUGGCAUGUUAGAUAGGUGACAAACAUCUGCUCUUGUUACAUAUUAUUUGACAAUUAAGAAUGUUUAUUAGUGAAUUGGUUUACUUCCAUAGGAUUUUUUUUAUGCUUUUGAGAGCAGAUUAGAGUCCAUUUAUAACAGAUCUAUACUUAAAUUUCUAAAAAUUGUCUGUUUUUCGUAGAUACUGCAAUCAACAUGGGGAAAGAUCCGACCAAGCCGAGGGGCAAGAUGUCCUCUUAUGCAUAUUUUGUCCAGACCUGCCGGGAGGAGCACAAGAAGAAGCACCCCGAGGCUUCUGUGAACUUUGCCGAGUUCUCCAAGAAGUGCUCUGAGCGAUGGAAGGUAAGAGAUGACGAUUAAAUUUUAGAUGUAAUUCUUACUUACUAUAUCAAGAUAAUUUCAAUUCAGGAAACAAUGUGCUCACUUUUAAAAAUAAGCUAUCUCAAUUGACUCAUAUGGAAAAUACUUCAACCAUAUCUACAAAGCGGUGUAGGUCUCACUAACAUGUUUUCUAUCUCUGUUUCCAGACGAUGUCCGCCAAGGAGAAGGGCAAGUUUGAGGACCUGGCCAGGCAGGACAAGGCCCGCUAUGAGAGGGAGAUGAUGAACUACGUGCCGGUCAGGGGAGGCAAAAAGAAGAAGUACAAGGACCCCAAUGCCCCCAAGAGGCCCCCGUAAGUAACCAGUAGCCAAUGUUUUGAAGUGAGAUAUAGACAUUUUCCAUCUUAGUCAAGUGGAAAGGCACAGUGUUAAAGUUUGAAUCACAACUGUCAAGUUAAUUGUUUCUCAUCUUUCCUCCUCAGAUCUGCCUUCUUCAUCUUUUGCUCGGAGUUCCGCCCUAAGGUGAAAGGCGAGAGCCCUGGGUUGUCCAUUGGAGAUGUUGCCAAAAGGCUAGGUGAGAUGUGGAACAGCACCAAUUCAGAGGACAAGCAGCCCUAUGAGAAGAAGGCAGCUAAGCUGAAGGAGAAGUAUGAGAAGGUAAAGAAAAGGGCAUCUUUUGUCACCAGAUUAAUUCAUGAAAUUAUAAAUCAGGUUUGUUGUUAUCUUUUAAAUUUAGGUCUGAGUGUUAGAUUUACAUUGUAAUCUGUUUAUUGUAGGAUGUUGCAGCCUACCGUGCUAAGACCAAAACUGGUGGAGGGGCACCAGCCAAGGCCCCGGCCAAGGCGGAGAAGAGAGAUGAUGAUGACGACGACGAUGAUGAAGAAGAAGAUGAGGAGGAAGAAGACGACGAUGAUGAUGAUGACGAGUAACCGGCUAGGGACAUAUAUAGUGGUCAUUUUCUUGUUUAUAAAGCAUUUAACCCCCUUGUACACACUUCACUUACUGAAAUUAAAUACGUUAGAAUCCAAGGGGUAAAAAAAACAACAAAAAAGGCUGUGUAUAUCAGUUGUUUUUAUGCUGUACAGUUUUUUUUCCUCCUUUUUUGUAUAGUUAACACUACACACGUGUUGUAUCUGUAUCUUUCUGCCAGUCUUGUUUUUUCCAGUGAUAGUUCCUAGAUCACUAUCCUGCCUGGUACAGUGUAAAGGGGUGGGCUUACAGUUAAUACUCUAGCUAGAGGUGCACAGCACAUAAAAAAUGUUAUGAGUUAGAUCUGAGUGUUUCUCUUCUUUUCUCCUCCUUGUGUGUUUUUAUUUUAAAUGACAUGUUAUCAAAAUUGACGUAUCACGGUUGUUUUACUGAUCUUUACGUACCACUGUAAUAGCAAAAAUAAGAAAAAAAGCCUUGUUUAUUGUUGAAAUUUAAAUUGCUUCUGAUGUCAAUAAACUUUUUUUUAAUAAUUCUGUUUUUUUCCAUGGAUGUGAGGGCAAAGUUAGUCUUUUUGUGUGUUUGGUGUGAUUAAGGUUGAUGCUCAAUUAACUAAAUUAAAAGAAUCAUAAUGAAUGUCACUGGCUAUUAAAGCAAUCGAGUUUAGCAUGAAUGCUUUGUGCACAUUUGACAAAACAGUCUGCUUAGUACAUGUAAAAAUCCUAAUUCUCUGUGUUUCUGUAGGGUGAUCCUGUGCUGUAACUCGUUUCAAUCUACCACAGUUUGUCAAAUUGAGUCGACAUCAUUCUGCUGGGAGACAAAAGACAAAAAACCCAGGCCUGGAUUAGCUGCUCCCAUGAAGUAUGACUCAUCACUACAAUUGUUUACGUAUGUCGUGUGUAUUUUAGCCCAACUGUGGUAGAACGCAAACAAGCUUGUGCAGCUGGAGCUCUUUGCCCCGGUGGAGAUGCACUGAAAGUUGUGGCAUCGCUGUCAGCUCUGCAUGCCAACAUGCACCGCUGCAUGUCCCUGGUUUAUUUAGAUACAGCAGCCUCAUCUCACAUGUACUCUCAGGGUCCUAUCCAGGAUAAGAAAAAAAAUUAUAUAAGAAGGAUUAUGUGCUCUGACAAAUGCAGUGACACAAGUGUAUGGCUGGUGUGUACAAACCACUGCAAUCAAAACCUCAAAGACACACAGCUACAUAAACACACACUGUACACUGUGAUAUGAGCAGCACAGUUUCCCCACGGGAGAUAGCAGGAGGUUACCGACUGUCAGCCUGAGCAGACACAAGUAUUCAUAGAAAUGGGCAGAGCAGCACAGAAAUGCAAAAACAAAGAUGUCCUCUUAUGUGUAGUAAAUCCUCUCCUGCAUUUAAGGCAGCCUUGGCCUUCUAAAUGAGCUUUGCUUUAGACAACUGACAGGCAGACACAGGGCAGCAGCUGACCUCUGCACUGCUCUGAUAAAAAAAGAGAAGAAAAAAACAGUCAGCCCCCCCCUGAAGGUGAUGAAGCCUUUGUUGAACCCUGAUUAUUUAUUUUGUUUAGAGAUGAUGCUCCAUCUUUCUGCUCAAUUUGAAUCCAGUGAAAGGUGACAGCCCUGUUUAUAAAAUUCACCCCUACAACCUUGGGUCAUAUCAUGGAUGUGUUGUCUACAUCUGUGAAAUAGGACAGCUACACAGGAAGCUAACUUGAAGCUCUCUCACCAAACAUGUGACAGCUGCAAGCUACUGUCACUGCUCAUUAUUAUUUCCACUCUGCCUCUGUGUACAAAAUGCAAUAUGGUCUCCUUACAGUUUAAGCAGAUUGAGGCAGGCAAUGAAAAUGUGGACUGUUUACACUCAAACUCACUGGAUGGGCCAACAGAUUCAUACUGCACAGCAGAGUCUUAAAGGAGGUGAACUGUACUCAAACAGUUCAGUGCCUCGUGGCUGCUCUCAGCUGUUGAUCAGAGUCUGUAUGGGCCUGUGCAGGCCACAGUGCGCAUACAGUAUAUAGCAGGCUUAGCUACUCAGCGCCACUGCUGGCUCACAAACCCUGAUAAUCCUAGCCACCUGGUGCCCACUCUGCACACUGCCAACAAACAGUGGUCUCUGUGCGACACCUAGUGGUCGAAUAAUGCACCUGCAUCGAAACCGGUUAAACUGGAUAACACUUGGACUUGAUUUUCCAGGUGUGUGAAACUGUUACAAAAAUAAAACCUAAUUUCUCAUAUUUGAUCUGUAAAUACAUUUCAAAGGGUAAAGGUGGAGCUUUAUUUACUUUACUGACAACAUAAAAAACAGUCGAUGUAAGAAUGAUACAAUCUUAAACGGAUUAAUUUCCUUUUAACCAUAGAACAUUAUCACUAAAAUUAGCAACACCAUCAUUAUUGCAGGCUGAUUUUUACCCCAAAUAAUAAAAUAAUAUACCCAAGAAAAACUACUUGUCACCAAAAUCUAUCAAAAUAGGACAAUUCAUGACAUAUUUAAGUAGUGUUCUUUUAUUUUUAACUGUGCAAUGUCCCAAAAUUGCCAUGAGGGGACCAUAUAAAAGUGCAACCAAAAAAAAAAAAACAACCAAAAAA